CGGACUUACGUUAGAUCAUUCCAAAACAUUCUCCUUAUCAAAUAAGUUCUAUCAAUAACUUGGUGUUGUUUUUACAAGGUCAUCCCACCGACUUGUUAACAUCAGAAAAAAUGAAGAUCUUCAUACUGUGUGUGUUUCUCAUCGUUUCAUCGUUAGCGGAACCGCCGGUUAAUAGAUACCUCCCCCCACAAGGGCAGAACAGAGGAUCUUCACUAACAAAAACAUACGGAACUCCAAGCUUCGGUAGUCAGACGCAAACCGGAGCUGUGUUCAGGCAACCUUCCUCAACAUACGGCACUCCAUCCAGAUCACGUCCUAACCCCCAAUACUUGCCACCUUCCAACCAAUAUGGUCUUCCUCGUUCUGAUUCCCAAUCACCAACCAGCCAAUAUCAAGCACCAGUCAGCCAGUACCAAGCACCAACAAGCCAAUAUCAAAGUCCAUCGACUCAAUACGGUUUGCCAAACCAAGCUCAAAGUUUUGGUCAAAGCGGUAGCGGCAUUCAAUAUAACGCACCUUCUCAGGAAUAUGGAACUCCUGGAACCGGACGAGAAAACAACUACAACCAGCAGAGCAGACAAUAUCUACCCCCUGGCGGUGGGUACGAUGACGGCAGCAAUGGGGAACCAGCAAACUAUAACUUCGAAUAUAUGGUAAAGGACACGUUCUCGGGCAACGACUUCGGUCACCGGGAAUCUAGACAAGGCGACAGGGCUGAAGGCUUGUAUUACGUUCUGCUGCCAGAUGGUAGAAAACAGACCGUACAAUACGAAGCUGACCAAGAUGGCUACAAACCGAGAAUAUCGUACGAAGACACCGGCGCACGCGCAGGCUACAACGGUAACAGCCAAUCAGGUUACGACGAUCAAUACUCUAGCGGACCAUACUAAAAUUGAAAUCAAUUUUAAAUUCUUACUUAUUUAUUUUAAAAGUAUUUAUAUAUAACAAUUUCUUUAAAAAUAAAAAUGUAUAAUACUUGCUUAAAUUGCAAUAUAUUUAAAAAUAAUUAUUUUAUUAGAUAUGCCAUUAUCGUUUUCAUUAACUGUAGCAGUCUACAGAUUAAUUAAUAGUUUUUUUCACGACUUGGCUAUGAUAAUGGAUUAUGAGCGUCUGUUGUACAUAGGUAUUUAUAUACAUUAUAUAAAUAUACCUAUUUAAGACUUAGUUUUGUAUUAAUAAACGCAAUCAUUUUGCGGAUAAAUGAGGCCAGUAAGCACAAAGUUACUUUAUUAGAAAUGUUAUUUUUAGUAACAUAUUUUAUAAUCUGUAAAUAUUUUAAAUAAAA